AUCAAGAAAUACUUUUUUACAUUAGUGUACGCGAUGUCUGUGUCAAGGUUUUUGGCACCUCGCUGUGGGAGGAUUGCUUUGGUUUCCUUUAAACAAGGUGCCAGGAAGUCAUUGCCUCCACUAACUGCAAAGAUUUUCCAGGCUCCAUGCGAGUCAAUUGUAAAUUGCAAAUACAGCACAUGGAAUACUGGUUCUUUAUUCCAGCGCGAACAGUUAAUGGAGAAAAUGAUCUUGCUGCCAACAAGCUUCGUGAUACAGAAAGCUAGGUGUCAUUCUAGCCCCAAUGUACCACUUUUCUAUGCCAGGGAAAGGGAACUUAAUAACGAGAUAUUAUCUAAAAAUACCAUAAAUGACCAACUGGAGUUUUACCAGGAUAACAAAGAUCAGACAUCGCUAGUGAACAGAAUCACAGUCCUUCACAGUAUUGCAAAGAUUGCCCAUAAAUACAAGGCUGAAAAAGAAGUUCUGCAGAGAGAAAGAGAAAAAGCAAGAAAUGGCCAGGAAAGUGCGUACUUCGAGAUCUUAGACUUUAUUUCUGAAAACAUUUCAUCCUGCAAAGCUCAAGGACUUGCGAACAUUAUGUGGGCUCUAGGGAGAACUGGAGAUAAAACGCACCCUCUGGUUCAAAUCUGUGAAGAAGAAAUCUUAUCGCACGACUUUUCCCUGUUUCAUACAUCUGAGAUCAACCAGAUUUUGACUGGUUGUGCGAGCCUAGGAAUGAAGGACUCCAAAAUAUUUGAGCGAGUUCAGGAGUCUAUUUUGAAUGAGGUGAUCAGGAUAUCAAUCUGCGAGGCACGUCAAAUAAACGGAAUACUCCUGGCUUUCGCCAAGGUGGGGCGUGGCUCUUCCGAGUUCUUUGAUCACAUAGAGUAUGAAAUUAUUCAGAGAGAUUUCAAGAACUUUCACAACGGACAGAUCGUUCAGUUCUUGUACACGUUUGCCAUGCGUGGCGUUUUCUCCGAUGUCUUGUUCGAGAAGGCUGAGGAAGAGAUAUUACGACGCUCAUCGGUAAGACUUCGGAGGAAAGAGGUAGUGAUGAUGCUGUGGGCAUUCGCGACCGCAGGAAAAGGAAGCAAGGGACUUUUUGAGACUUUUGACAAGGAGAUAGUUGACAACAGAAUCAAAGAUCUCUUCACCUCUUCUCUAUUGUGGAUUGUUUGGUCAUUUGCAACACGAGGAAUGAAUGAGGGACAGGUUUUCAAAGCCGUAGCAGAGGAGAUCUACAGGCGAGGAUUUCCCCAGCUUACAAACAGUGAAAUAUCGCUCUGUAUGUAUUCUUAUGCGUUGUCAGAAAUUCCCUGCCAAAGAUUUUUAAAGGAACUAGCGGCAGAAGUCCUGGAUAGAGACUUGGAAGAGUUUCAAGGAGAUCAGCUAAGUCAGGUUGCAUGGGCUUGUGGGAAAGAAGGAGUGAUAAACUCUGAACUGUUUUCUCGCUUAGAACAGGAGAUUUUAAAAUGCAAGUUUUCAAAAAAUCAUGCGGAUAUGAUCAUUGAAGGGUUUUGUAAUGCCGAUAUGGGAAGUGAAAAACUUUUCUCACACUUACAAGUAAUGAUCCAGCAAUCAGUUUAA